UCUCUCCCUUUAUGCAAAUGUGUGUCCAGAACUCGGCUGUGUCCCACACAUCAGGCUUUAAUAGCAGCUACGUUCAGGUGACAUGGAGAUCAGAACCAUCAAGAGACAUCAAAGCUGUUCAUUUCUGUGCAUCCUUUGUGCAGAAUUCUACAACAUUUUGGAUCAAUGUGACGAGCCCUGUCCUGACCUUCACUAACGGCAGAGCUGCUAGAUCUGCAGGUGCCCUCACUACAUCCACUGACAAUGGCAGUUUACAACCUGGAUCACUUGUUAAAUCAGCUGGACCCAUCUCUAGUGCUGACUGUGGGGUCACCAAGGUGUGCUUCAGUCAGCCUUCAAACUGUGACCCAGCAGUCAGUGCUAGCUGUUAUUUCAUGUCAGCCAAGAUGUUAGCCGGUGGUGAAGCUGUCCACUUUGAGAUGACUGGUCCUUAUGAAGGAUAUAUUGCUUUUGGAUUCUCUGAUGAUCAAAGAAUGGGAAAUGAUGACAUUUACGUUUGUGUUAUGAAAAGCAAUGGACAAGUUGAGGUGGAACAUAUGUAUUCAACAGGACGAUCAAAGCCACAAGUUCUUCCUCUGGGGAAUGUUUAUAAUAUAACAACGUCAUUGCAGAACAGUGUCAUCAGUUGUGUCUUUACUACCACAAACACAAUUUCUAUUGAGGGGACUUCUGGUUUCAACCAGUCCUACUACCUCUUGUUUUCCUAUGGACCCAGCAACAAUGGAUCAAUAAGAAUCCAUAUGGGUACCUUCACCAGCAAUAAAAGGAUCAAUAUUAAUAAUCCCCUUGUUGUUGGCAAAGAUGAUGUUCCUGAUAUCAUCAAAGCUCAUGGAUCACUCAUGCUGAUUGCCUGGAUGACCACAGGAUCACUCGGCAUGAUGGUUGCCCGAUAUCUAAAAAAAAUGGCCAAGGGAAAAAAAAUGUGCGACAAAGAUCUCUGGUUUAUGGUCCAUGUUGGAGCAAUGUGUCUGACGGUAGCAGCCACAAUCAUUGCUUUCAUCCUUGUGUUCGUUCAUUCUCAGGACUGGUCUGGGGGAGCACAUCCAGUGUUGGGGUGCCUGGUUAUGAUCCUCUCACUCAUCCAGCCUAUCGGGGCCUUGCUGCGCUGCGGACCACAACAUCACCUGAGGUAUCUGUUCAACUGGACACAUUUUUUAAAUGCGGUGGUAAUAAAAUCUAUAGCUGUGGCAGCCAUAUUUACAGGCCUGGACAGGAUUGACAGUGAUGAUGGGUGGCUAUUGAAAGUGAUGGGUGGCUUCUUUGCCUGGGAAGUUCUCUUCAUCAUCAUUUUGGAGGUCCAUGAUUGGGUAGUUAAACACAGAGAUGAUACUGCUGAUCAAAUGGAAUCAGCAUUGGUCAAAGGUGACAGUUGCCUGAUCGCUGUGUACCUUCUGGGAAACCUUUGCUUUUUGGUGGCACUUUUGGUUGGAAUUGGAGAAAAAUGAGCAGCAGCAGAAUCUUCCAGAGUGUUUCCCUGUAGUUUUGUUGAAUUUUAUCAUCAAUUUUAACAUACUUGAUGAGAGACUGCACUGGAAAUUCAGACCCACUGAUGCAUCAGUUGGCGAAUCCUGGAAAGUUUCUCAGUAAUGUCUUUAAAAAAUAUUACUUAUGUUUUUUUUCUCUUUUGCUUUUAGUUGAUAAUUAAGGUGUACUUUCAAUCAGCAUUCAAUUUCACUGGGCCAAGCAUUACUGUCGUGUGUGUGUGUGUGUGUGUAUAAUAUGUCUCACAGUUGCAAAGAAAGAAGUAGUUUCAGUCGCCUUUAGCCUCCACUCUGGCUGCCAGGUAAACCAGUUUCGUUUUACAA